AUGAUACUGUCGAGUUGGGCCUUGCUUGGGCUUUUUCUCAUUUUCGCCGUUCCCACCGAUGGAUUCUAUUGUGAGAGAGAAAAACCUUCCGUGAGUUUUUUUGGCAAUCGUUCGAACAAAUGUUUAAUGGAGAGGCAAAAAAAAGGAUUAAAAUUUAUUAUUUAUGAACUUAAUUUAUGAAAAUUCAUUUAUAUGUAGGAAAAGUCAUAAAGGAUGGAAAAAGGCUCCAUAGAAAGGUUCCUUUUAGGGUGACAAAUGUUUCUUUUUGGGACCUUUUUGCGCCAUUUUCUCGACCCUUAUGCACCAUUUUUGCUGCCUCUCCCUUUUUUCGCCAUUUUUUGAGUCUUUAAAAUUUUGGAAAAAAUGGAAGGCUCCAUAAAUAGACUCCUUUUGCAGCCUUUUUUGAGCCUCUCCCUUUUAGCAGCCAUUAUCCACCAUUCCGACUUUGCUGGUCGAGGCGUUAGGAAUCAAAGACCGCAAGCCAGAAAACUGUGGUUCGAAAAAAGACUUCCUUGAAGGAUCGCUGGUCUCCGCUUUUGGGCUCGAUGGCCGGCGAGGCGAUCAUCCGCAUGAGAGACUCUUCGGACCUUUCCAUUUACGAGAAAUUCCUUCUCAACUUCAUCGGUCAACAGUUCGGCAACGCUCAUUCCUGUAUGGGUGUGUAGAAAUUCGUUUUUUCGAAAUUUUGUCGAGCAAGAUUCACAUGAUAAUCUGCGGUACAGCUGAGAGGCUCUAUCGGUAUACGGUAGAAGUCAUUCGCGGCGGGACCUGUAAAUCAGAAAAAUUCAAAUUUUUAUCACGAAAUGCAUCACCUUUUUCCGAAAAUGAUCCCGUGAAAUGAUAAUCGUUUGACAAACUGUGUUACCAGGAAAGAUAACAGCGCCCGACUUUCAUUAGUUAUGAUAAAGAAGCGCGUAACACGGCGUUUUUUUUACGACGCCGCCCAUAUUUUCCGUGAAGUGUACUGUAUCUUGUGCAUGCACUGCGGCGCUCUCGCACAUGCCGAGUUCAAAAUAUAAAUUCUAUGCCAAUUUCAGAAAUUCAGUUUUAUUUUUUUACUCUUCGGUGGCUAUUUUGAACUCGCGGUAUCACUUUUAACACGACAACAGCAAUUUUUUUUUUUUAAAUGAGAAUUCGAUUCGUCUCAUGACCCAUUGAACAUGCGCCUUUAAUAUUCCCUGUUGUUAAAAAUUGUUUCCCAUGACGUCACAUGGUAACGGCGGAUUUUUGGCUCCGCCCCCUUAUUUUUGGUUUUGCAUUUUCUUCCACUAACAAAAACGCCGUGGUAAGUAGUUCCUUGAGAGGCGUUGAAAAAAAAAUUUCACAAAGUCUGCGAAAUUUUUGCGACAGAAAGACUUUUCCAAGCUUUGAAUUUUUGAUUCAAGAUUUUCAGAGCGCCUCGAGGAAAAUUGCGAGAAAGUCGACCAAUAUCUUCUCGGGCCAUGUGAUCCCGGUUUCAAUAGGGGCAAUUAUUCAAUCCCCAUUUGUUGGAAAGUUGGUGUUUUCAUGGUGACCGAAGGGCAACAGGAAUUAAAGAAAAUCGAAAAUUUUCAACAUUUUCAAGAAAUAUUUCUCGGAUAAAGCUUCAAAGAGAGAAACGAAAAAUUAGAAAAACUUUACUGGAAAGGUAUUUUUCUAAGCUCGAUUCGUUUGCCAGCUUCACUUGGGUAAAAAUCUUGGUUUUGUUCCAGAAAAAGUCUGAAAAAGGAACUUGUUCUGCCGUCUCGUUUUACAGCAACGACUGCGAGAUUUGUUCUGAAAAUGUUUGUCUGAAAAUACUCCAACACUUUCAAAAACUUUAAUAUCGAUUUCAGAAGCUCUCAUCUAAAGAACAAGAGAAAAUCGGGAGAAAACUCCUGUCCCGUUGCUCCGGAACUGAGAAAAAGAAGAACAGGAAUUCUUGA